CCGCAUCGCUCUGCCGCUGAUUUCGUCCUCAAUCCAGUCCUAUUUCGGCUGCAUAUCUCUUUUCUGUUAUCGUUAGCCAGCCAUGGAUCCGCUCAGCGUUUCAUCAGCAGCUGUUGGCCUCACUCGUCUUCUAUAUGACCACGGCGACGGCUGGCAUCAGAUUCUAACCAGUUUCCAAUCCUUCCUCAAAGUCAUCGAUAUCCCAUUAAGAAAAGGUGGCGUGCCUGCUCUGGUGACUACUUCUGAGAUGGAUGAGAACUGCGACGGAUUGGAGGUUCUCGAGAGAACGCUCGACAGCUUACCAGAGCAGGGAGCGCAUACUUGUCGCGUGUAUAUCGAAGAAAAUCUUGGAUUUAGAGACGAGUUCAAGGCUCAUCUUGAACAAUUAGUACCGGAUUCCUUUCCAGAUAUGCAUACUUCUCCAGCGACAAAUUCUUUUCUUAGAUUAGCAUCCCAGUGGAGCGCUACUUCUCAACAUACCCAGCCAUGGUCUUUAGAGACCUACGAUUUUGACUCCUCACUAAAGAAUAGGCGACUUGCUCCCGGAUCUUCUCUAAUGUUUUCUGCUGGACUGAUACGGCGUACGAGCAAGAUCCGCGUAGCGUCCGAUGCCUCCGGGCGAAUGAUUGUUUUUGUUUCCUGCAUGUCCGAAAUGAUGGCACUAGAGGAAAUUUUCAAGAAAUUCUCGACAGGCGAUCGUACAAUUUCACGGCCAACCGCAAGUACCGUGUUCGCUCGCCUACGAACUAUCGGCAACGGCCUCACGCGCCUUGACCGUGUGUACAACAUGUUGCACGACCAGGGCGUUCCCGAGGCAGUGAAUAGGCAACUACUGCUUCUCCGCUUUUGCCACGCACAACUGGAGCAAGCUUCUGCUAUCUUAGAUACUAUUCAGUUAUUCUACACCGCGUUUCGUGAAAGGCUGUCCGAUCCGCGCCGAGUGGUCAUAACGGCCUCUUCGCUGGAAGAACUCACAAGGGAUGCACAUCUAUACGAGGUGUUUCACCAAAGCGUCUCAAAUCUGGCCUCGAGCACUGAGUCGUUACUCUGUGUUGUCGGUCCUAGUCUUUCCAAUCAGAAGAUCUUCCAUGCUCACAGCACCGAGAUCAAGUGUAUCUGCGAGGACCUCAAGAAAACCUCAUCCUCUCUUCUCGGCCGUCUCGAAAAUCAUCUCAAGUUCAUCGAACUGCGGAAAAGCCUGAGGGAGUCUGCAAGCGUGUGGCUUCUAAGCCUUCUAGCCAGCAUUUUCCUCCCACUGUCGUUAGCCUCAAGUCUCCUCAGCAUGCAGACCCGGCUCGCAGAUCUUCAUUUUCUCCUCUACGACUUUUGCGGUGUUAUUGUCCUCCUUGCCACCAUCGUUGGCAUCGUAGUUCUCGUUCUGAGGCUUAAUAUGUGGUGGUCGGACAAACUUGCUAAGUGGGACAGCAACGUUAUUUUUCGUAGGAGAAUUCGGCCUAUUAUUGGCUUUAGCACCUGGUCGUGGGUUUUCAUUGCAUGGGGCCUCGCUCUAUCUUCAUUUCUUGUCGGUAUGAUCAAGGACGUGGGACUUGGACUCAGGAUAUUAGGGUUCGGCGCUGCUAUUAUUGGUGGCAUGCUACUCCUCACAGCUUCUGCGGCUGGAUUGCUCUGGUGGCUUAUCUCAUUGGUUUAUUAAGAAUCCUCGGAUUAACAGGGCAAAGGGCACUAUCUUUAUCGGGCGGAUAUACAUGAACAUCUCUUGUGGCCCAC